AUGGCCGUGCUGGAGGUGCCAGCAAGCAUCCCCUUCCGCGCCCCCGCCUCUGCGCACGCCGCCUUUGAAGAUGGCAACAAACUACACCCAGCAGGACCUCAAGGCUUCCAUCUGGUUGACAUAACAAAUAACACCAUUUUCACUGGGCCAAACUGGCUGGAGCUGGCAGCAAAAGUGAGAAACUUUGUGACGGUCUUUUGUACUGUCACCGCUUUUACGAGGGAUGCUCCUGAGCAGCAGUCACUGCCGGAAGAGAGCAAAGGUUUCUAUGCCGGGAUUAAGUUUUUACCAGAAUCGUUACAAAUUGCAGAGGACGGCACAGAGCAUGUUUUGACUGUUCUGAGCACUGUACCCAUUGCCUGUCCUGGGCACGAUGAUUCCUGUAAAAUUACUUUACAGCUAAGUACUGAGGAUUUGGUGACAGACUUUGCGCAGGAUGGGAACCGCGUCAGCCGCAUCAGAGUGGAGCCAGUCGGACAGAGGGAUUUGCUUUGGAGGGCUUACACACCCAAGGAUGUGAAGGUCACAGUUCGAGACCUCCCAACAGGGAACUGCUACUCUUUCACUGAUCCACACAUUAUCACAUUUGAUGGAUGGCGCUACGAUAACUAUAAAAUCGGCACCUUCCUUUUGUGCCGGAGCGCGUCGCGGGCGUUUGAAGUGCACGUUCGGCAGUGGGACUGCGGAGGUCUCCGCUCCGCCACCGCCUGCAAUUGCGGCGUAGCUGCGCGAGAAGGGGGUGACACCGUGGUGCUGGACACCUGCAAUGGCCAUUUUCGGGAGAGCAGACCCCAGCUGACCGUCAAAAGCACUGAGGCAUCGCCACAUGUCAAAAUCCUAAAGUCCUACGGAGGGAGAAAAAUAACAAUCCUGUUCCCUUCGGGAGCAUUUGUGCGAGCCGACAUGAGCGAGUGGGGAAUGGGUUUGACGGUGAGGACGCCGGGCAGCGACUUCAACAGCACCAGAGGUUUGUGUGGCCUCUUUGAUGGGAUCGGUCACAACGACCUCAGCAAUGUGCCCGAGGAAGACUUCAUAGAGGAGUGGAGAAUACCUCCAGGGAAGAGUUUAUUUGACAAGACUCCAGCACCUUCUGAGGGGAUGCAAAGGAAGAAUUAUUGCAGAUGUCAGAAGGAGAGCAUUAAGUCCCGGCCCAUGGUAAACACAUUGAAUGCCUUCCAGACUCCUUUCCCUCAAUCUUCUGGUUGCCAUUAUGAUCAUGUGGAUUACACCUCUGCAAUCCCAUAUCUAGAUGUUACGUCAGAGUUUGUCACUCACUCAGAAAUAGAGUCUACUUUAAGAAAAGAUGAAAAAAUGUCAACCAAGUCUUUUGAUCAAAGCUAUCUACCUAAAUCAGUCCAAAAGCGAGGUAGCUCCGAGGAUCGAUUAAAACCCCUCGCACACAGUGUUUCCAUGAAAAAGACCAGUUCCAUUAACUCUAACAAACCAACAGAAGACUUAAGGAGAGAAAAAAGGCAAGGAGACUAUUAUGAAUACUCAUCCUUUCACCCAUUGCAUGGUUCAAGCCAGAGAUACUCAGAGAGCUUUGCAUAUUUUUUCCCAGAGGAUUACUUUGAAGGGAUUCGGACAAAAGUUCCACUAGCAUGGCCCACUCCUAAUGGCCUAACUGCCACCAAGGCUCGUCAGAUUUGCCACCAAAUUCUUGCAAAUUCCACCAUUGGCUUAGUGUGUAAAGGGCUUCUUGGAAAACAGAUGGAUGAGGCAAUUGAUAUAUGCCUUUUAGAUCUGCAGCUCAAAGAUGACGUGGCUUGGGUGAGGGCACUGAUAGCCCUUUUGGAAAAUGAAUGUGAAAGAAGAGUGCUAGGAAACAGAGUGUUUCACGUAGGAAACCAGCCAUCUGCUACCCAGGAGGAAAUCCUCACCGUCCUCCGGUGUCCUGUUUUCUGUAACGGCAAUGGACAAUGUACUGAACUGGGCUGCCAGUGCUUUGAAGACCACAGCUCCUAUGAUUGUAGCAUUGCCAAAAAGCAAGCUUUGGAAAUCACAGGCUUAGAGAACGGCGGUCUUUGCGACGUCCGAUCUUCCGACUGCACCAGGAUCCGGGUGUUUGGCCUUGGCUUCAAAGAGUCACCCAACCUGCGCUGCGAGGUCACCAGGUUAAUUCAUCUCAAUGGCGAAUGGAUAUCAAGAGAACAAGAAACCACAAAAGCAGAUUUUCUCAGCUCUGAGGCUGUUGACUGCCAGAUUCCUCUCCUGAACAUCACAGAGACAGAGGCUGUGCACUUUGUGGCUGGCGAUGAGCCGUUUGCAAGAUGGCAAGUGAAAAUCACUAACGAUGGCUUCCAGUACAGUAAUUCCAGAGUGCUGACCCUGUAUGACGCGGUCUGCCAGGCCUGCCAAUUUCAUCCAACCGGACUUUGUAAAUUAAAGACAACCCAAGUGUCUUCAGGCCACGUGGAAGCCACAGCUUCCCCGGCCCUGGUGGCCGCCCUAACUAGGAGAAGACCAGACAACCUGCCUCCUGCGUUCCAGGCCCCCCCCAGCCAGCUGCUGACAUUUAUUGGUGAGAAUUUUGUUUACCAGUUAAUAGCAGUGGAUCCAGAAGGGUCAGCUGUGCUAUUCAUCUUAGCGGCUGGCCCACAGGAUGCCAGGCUCUCUCCUGCUGGCCUUCUUAUCUGGAAAGUUGAUUCAGAAGAAACGCAGACCUUUGAAUUCACUGUGUCGGAUGAAUGCAAUGCACAGAGCAGAUACUCUAUUGAGGUUGGAGUGAAGCCCUGCGGCUGCCUCAAUGGUGGAACAUGUGUUACCAAUAUUAAAUUCCCUCCAGGCCUUGGUGAAUACCUGUGCUUAUGUCCCAAUGGAUUUGAUGGAGAAUUUUGCCAGGAAGAUAUCAAUGACUGCAAAUCAAACCCCUGUGGCAGCGGAACAUGUGUGGACAGUGUGGAUAGCUACUUUUGUAAAUGUCCCCCUGGUUUGGGAGCUGUGCUUGCUGCUGACACUACAAAAACUUUAAGCACUGAAAAAGGCAAUGGCAAAGGCGAUUUGAACAAGACUGAGGUUAAGCAGCUAGUGCAACCCUCAGAGGCAAAGGAUUCUCCUGUAAUUAAGAAUUUUAGCAUAAGUGAUAGACACGGCCAUGCAGCACCACUGUCACAUAUUACUACCUGCGCCAACAGGCCAUGUUUUCCCGGGGUGUUAUGUUUUGAUCGGAAACCCCCUUACAUUGGAUACGUCUGCGGCCGAUGCCCAGUAGGGUUUUUUGGAAAUGGUCGAAUCUGUGCCAAAGUCCCCAGACCAGGUUCUUCCCUUGAUGCAGCUCUCCGGAGUGGUGGCGUCCCAGCAGGGUCUGCUUCCCAAGCAAGGCUUCCAACACAGACCACAGUGGCCAGAAGGAUGUACAACACGGCGAUGGAUCGUGUGGAACUGCCAAAAAACAGCGGUGGGACGCAUCAGAAAGUUGUUUGCGCUAAUAUGCCGUGCUUUACUGGUGUGCAGUGCGAGCCGGCUGAAGAUGGAGGAUUUAAAUGUGGGCCUUGUCCCGCUGGAUACAGUGGUGAUGGAAUUACAUGUGAAGCUGCAGAGGAACUCCUCUGUAAGCCAGUCCUGCGCUUACCCAAGCCCAGAAGAAUGCAGAUGUUUCAGAUGCAACGGGUGGGUCGGCACCCUCCUUUCAAAGCCCCAACGCCUGUCAUUGACUCCAGUGACUCUAGCACAAGCCCCCGAACGCGAGUGGUGGCUUGUAUAGACAGUGUGAUCCACCAUGUGAGCACGGAGGAACCUGUGUUUCUCAAAACGCUUGUUCUUGUGUUUAUGGAUUUGUUGGUCCUCGAUGUGAAACAAUGGUGUGUAACAGACACUGCCAUAACGGUGGGGUCUGUGUGUCACCAGAUGAGUGCAAAUGCAGACGCGGAUGGAGCAGCCCUUCUUGCGAAACAGCCAUUUGCAUUCCCCCUUGUAAGAACGGUGGUCACUGUGUUCGAACCAAUGUGUGUUCCUGUACUGAGGGCUACACUGGAAGAAGGUGUCAAAAAA